AAUAAAUCGAUACUCGAUUGCUCUAGCCUGAACGCAACAACGCCAGUCAAAGCGGAAGUUGCUAUCCUGCUAAAUAUGGUAGCUGAACUUGUGCUCGUACUAGCCUUUAAGCAAGGUAUCCUCCUCUGAAUCCCCGAAAUACAUUAGCCACAGGACAACUUUGUUUGGACGUCGUAAAGGACCAUUAGCCUUAACUGAAUAGCUACAUACCUACCUCAUUUUCCACGCGGAAAAAAAUACGUUAGCUGGGAUUUUCUACAAGGAAUCUGCAGGACAACAUGAGUGGAGAGAAGGAAACAUUGUUGGAAGAAAUGGAACAGAGUUUACACCCUCUAACGGAGGAUAAUUUACGACACCUGUGUGAGCGCUGUGGAAUAGAUGGCUCCCAAGUUAAAGGAAAGAACCAUCGCUCGUUGCGACGUAAAAUCAUGGAGGAAAUGUGGGAAAAUGCAGAUUCAGUCAAAUCGGAGGAGCUUGGAAUGUCUUGGUUACUCCGACUGAAAGAUGACAUCAGAAAGAUGCAUGAAGAAUCUACUGUGGCACCCAUGAGUUCCAGCCAGUCUGAUGAUGACGACGACGAUGCUACAACCUGCGGCGAGGAAUGGGACAAGGAUUGGUUUCCUAGCAACGGGCUGGAGGCGGAGUCAUCUCCAGAGAGCCAUACCCCAGAGAGUUCCAGCCAGUCUGAUGAUGACGAAACGGGGGACAACCCUAACGGUCGCUCGCUCAGUGGGAGGGUCUUAUCGUCUGGGAAGGCUCCAGGGUUGAAAGUGAUCCAGCGACCUUAUAGCUGUGAUGUAUGUGAGAAGAGUUUCACUCAAUCAGGAAACCUACGAAGACACCAAACGGUACACACAGGAGAGAAACCUUGCAGUUGUGAUCAUUGUGGGAAGAGUUUUGCUCAUCCAGGAGCCCUGACUAUUCACAAGCAUGUACACACAGGAGAGAAACCUUACAGCUGUGAUCAGUGUGGGAAAAGCUUUUCUCAUCCAGGAGCCCUGACUAUUCACAAGCGUGUACACACUGGAGAGAAACCUUACAGCUGUGAUCAAUGUGAGAGGAGCUGCAGAGAUGCCACGGCCCUGAAUGAACACAUGCGUACACACACAGGAGAGAAACCUUUUCACUGCCAUGUCUGUGGAAUUAGUUUUUCUCGACAAAGCAACCUGAAUGUACACAUGCAUACACACACAGGAGGGAGGCCUUGCAUCUGUGAUCAAUGUGGGAAGAGCUUCACUCGGUCAACGGACCUGACCAAACACAGACGCAUUCACACCAGCGAGAAAUCCUACAGCUGUGACCAGUGUGGGAACAAAUUUGCUCAGUCAGGAAACCUGACGAGUCAUCAGAAAACCCACACAGGCAGAAAGAGAACCCGCACAGGCGGAAAGAGAACCCGCACAGGCGGAAAGAGAACCCGCACAGGCGGAAAGAGAACCCGCACAGGCGGAAAGAGAACCCGCACAGGCGGAAAGAGAACCCGCACAGGUGGAAAGAGAACCCGCACAGGCGGAGAGAGAAAUGAGGCGGGUGGAGAGGGAACCCACACAGGAAAGAUACAGGAAGAAUCUACUGUGGCACCCAUGAGGCCCAGCCAGUCUGAUGAUGAUGAUGCUGCAGACUGCGAUGAAGAAUGGGACAUGGAAAACAAGGAUCGGUGUCUUAGCAACGAGCUGGAGGCGGAGUCAGCUCCAGAGAACCACACCCCAGAGCAGAGGCAGAGGGGUGACAUGUCUCUCCCACCCGCCUACCCUCUCCCCGAGUCCCCAGGUCCUGCCUCUCCCGCUGGCACAUUACUACUGGGUUUGAAGAGGGUGUCUGUGCGGCUGGUUGACUGCAGGAAAACACUGGGACUGAGUGGAACUACGAGAGUAGGAGGAGAAGAGAAGGAAUAUGGAGAUUCAGAUUCGAUGUCAUCAAGUAGGAACAAUGGGGACAACCCUAACGGUCGCUCGCUCAGUGGGAGAGUCUUAUCAUCUGGAAAGGCUCCAGGGUUGAAAGUGAUCCAGCGACCUUAUAGCUGUGAUGUAUGUGAGAAAAGUUUCCCACAUUUAGGAGACCUAAAGAGACACCAGAGAAUACACACAGGAGAGAAACCUUAUAGCUGUGAUCAAUGUGGGAAGAGUUUUGCUCGAACUGAUUACCUGGCUGAACACAAGCUAACGCACACAGGAGAGAAGCCCUACCUCUGCUCAGACUGUGGGAAGAGCUUCUAUACACCAGCAAAGUUGAAAGAGCACGAGCGAUCACACUCAGGAGAGAACCCUUUCGGGUGUGGUCUGUGUGGGAAGACCUUUGCUUGUUCAGGUUCCCUGACUAAUCACAAGCGUGUACACACAGGAGCGAAACCUUACAGCUGUGAUCAAUGUGGGAAGAGCUGCAAAGAUGCCACGGCCCUGAAUGAACACAUGCGUACACACACAGGAGAGAAACCUUUUCGCUGCCAUGUCUGUGGAAUGAGUUUUUCUCGACGAAACACCCAGAAAGUACACAUGCGCAGACACACCGGAGAGAAACCGUACAGCUGUGACCAGUGUGGGAAGAGAUUCGCUCAUCCAGGUGAUUUGAAAAUACACAUCAGAGUACACACCGGAGAGAAACCGUACAGCUGUGACCAGUGUGGGAAGAGAUUCACUCAGUCAACAAACCUGACUAAGCACAGACGUGUUCACGCCGGAGAGAAGCCCUAAAGCUGUGAUCUAUAUUGUAUGAACUUCACUCAGUCAACAAACCUGACUAAACCUGACAAAGCACAGGCGCGUUCACACCGGAGAGAAACCAUACAGCAGUGCUGUGUGCGCGAUGAACUUUCGCUUAUUUGUAUCUCAUUUCAUGGGCUCAUAUUGUCAAUUAAAUCAUGUAGAAUAUUUUAUAAUUGUUAUAAUAAAAGUUAGUUUUGAUUCUAUUCAAUUCAAAUUGAAUCCAUAUGUUAAUACGUACCACUAUUUUACUUUUAAUACGAUUUCAAUAAAAGCUCCUUUAUUAUAAA